CUGAGAGAGCUUGGUAUCAUUCAGAGCGAGGUCAAUCUAUUAUUAAAUACCUGUUCAGUUCCCUUGGCUGUAAAUCAGAGAACAAACAAGAUAAUUAACUCUGAGGUUUAUUGAUAUCUGAAAGAAGUUGAUGAAUGUCCGCUACUGAAGCCAAACUCAGAGGGACGGCGGUUGAAGGGGACAAUCCAGCGCAGCACCGAGACGGGCUUGGCGGUGGAAAUGCCCAGCCGUACGAUCCGCCAGGCCAGCCAUGAGUCCAUUGAAGACAGCAUGAACAGCUACGGCUCAGAGGGAAAUCUGACCUACAGUAGGAUGUGCCUGUCCUCAGAUGCCCAGUUCAGCGACUUCCUGGAUGGAAUGGGCCCGGCUCAGUUUGUGGGCCGACAGACUCUGGCAACAACUUCAAUGGGCGAUGUGGAGAUCGGCCUGAUGGAGAGGAACGGAAAACUGGAGGUGGAGAUUAUCCAAGCCAGAGGGCUCACCGUGAGGCCUGGAUCAAAAGGCCCCCCAGCUGCUUAUAUAAAAGUGUACCUACUUGAACAUGGUAUCUGCAUUGCCAAAAAGAAGACCAAGUCGGCGCGGAAGGCCUUGGAUCCACUCUACAACCAGGUCCUGGUAUUCUCAGAGAGCCCUCAGGGGAAGGUUGUACAGGUAAUCGUUUGGGGAAACUACGGACGCAUGGAUCGCAAGUGCUUCAUGGGCGUGGCUCGCAUCUUAUUGGAGGAGCUGGAUUUGUCGAGCAUGGUGAUUGGCUGGUACAAGCUUUUCCCCACCUCCUCCAUGGUGGACCCCACCAUGGCGCCUCUGAUCCGCCACUCCUCCCAGCUGUCCCUGGAGAGCACAGUGGCGCCCUGCUGCGACCGUUCCUAAUACCGCCACCGGCUGGCUUCGUUUUUCUUUUCCGGAACUCUCUCAUUGCCUGCCCCGCCCUUCCCAGGGUCCCCCCCCCCUCCCCCCUCUCCGCGUUUGGGACGUCAGCAGGCCCGCUCCGAGGAAGCGCCGGGCAGGUGUGGCGCGCAGAAAAAUUUGACGCUUGAUUGGUGUUUCCAUGGCGACGGAAACUCGGACCAGCACCUGAUUCGCGCCGCUGAGCUGGGCUUUGCUCCCAAGCGCCCCGUACGGUCAGGGGUGGCGGGUUCCUGGGUUUUGUCGAAUCGAAACGACGCUCACCCUAGCUCACCCGAGGACGACUAUCCAUCACGGAGAUUACCAUCCGGAACGCUGCCUCCACGUUUCUGCCACACCGUAGGGCACGUGCAAUAUCGGGGCGACGACCGACAUCCAUGGCAACAGGCCCGAGGGCAAGGCGGGAAGGCAUCCUUAGUUACGCAAAGCCGGUUAUGCCCUUUCACCGACGAUCCAGAGCUCGCUGUCACACACUCGGGUUUCGGAGGCUGGACUGCAUUCACUUUCGCUGUUGUGUAUCUGAAUUUCUGCUCAAGAAGAAACAUGAAUGUUUGUCUUUGAAGCUUGGCUCGCCCCUUGAUUUAUUAAUAUUUAUUAUAUAUUUUUCUUCUGUUUACUGUGCCAAUUUACCAGCAAGUGUCUUUACUUUGUGGCUUGUGCCAUUGUUCUGUGAAUUAAGAGUGUCUUCUUGGACUGAAACAUCAGAUGACUGCUUUUAAAAGAUACAGUAUAUUGAAGUAUUAGAAUUAGGUUCAGUACUUUUCUAAAUAUUUGUUAUCCCGUUGAAUCAAUGUGAAACAUAUCUGUUGGAUAAGUCAAUAACAAUAACAUUUGAACUUAAAAAAAGCAUUGUAUGUCAUCUGACAGGAAUCAUCUGAUUACAAAGCUGAAGCUGCAAGCUAAAAGGCGAAGAAUUGAAAUGAGUGUACACACAGCGAAAUAUUAGCUGAACGAAUGUUCAAUUUAACGGGCUAUUUGUGCACUUUAUUGUCAUUAUUUAUUUAUUUCCUUUUUUACAUUAUUGAUAAUCUGAUGUGAGCCAAAGUCUUUUGCUGUAUUGAUUCGUAAUUUUAAAAAAGAGAGACACAGGUACACAACUGGACUUUGGUAGCACAGCAAUCUUGUAGCAUUAGCGUUCAGCAUGAGAGACUAUAUAGCUUAAUACAAAAUAAUAAGGAAGAUUUAGAAAAGCAUGGGAUUGUUGUUACUGGGCAAUUGCCAGAAAUAUUUUGCUUGACAAACUGAAAAAUCAUGAAGUAGGGAUUAACGAUGUAGCAGCAGACUAAAGUAGUUAAUUAUAGAGGCAAAUUUGCAUUGUACUGUGAAGAAUACAGAAGUGAAAUCAUAUGUGUUUUUUUUUUUACAAUGAAUGACACAUUAUGAUUAAAAAACACUGAAAUAAGAAAAAAAAUGUUUAAAAAUUCCAAUCUGGGCUACUUUAUACCAAAAUACACAGUAAAGAAAAGAUGCAGGAACAUCGGUCCUUUUUUGAAAGCAAAUUCCAACACCAACGUUGAAACAUCAUUUCUUAAUGCAUCGUACAUAACAUAUUUCUCUAUUGCUUACAACAUGGAUUGCAGGUGUUUUACAUGUUUACAGUUUAUCAUGUACCACCUUGGAUCGCCAUGUAAAAGUCAAUUAUACAUACAAAAGAGAAAUUAAACUUGAAUUGAAAAUAAAGCUAUUCUAUUAUAUAGUUUUGUAAUAAGGAUAUUGUAACAUUUAUAAACAAUGUGCAUUAUGACAGACCACUAAAUCCGAAUGAGGUUUUGUGGCAAGACCACAAAACACUUUAACAUUUUUAAACAAAGUAAAAUGUUUCUAGCUGCUGGAAAAUGGAACUUGAAUCUUCGAGAAACCAGUAAACAGCAAUCAGAAUGUUUUAUAACUGACACUUUGUACAGUGUAGCUGAAAGGGCAUUGCAAUGUACUCUGCACCUACGUUUUAAUUUAAGAACUAUAAUUUAUGAAGCAAUAAUUAACAAGCUCCUUAUUUCUUCUGGUAUUGCCUGAUCAGAGCCAAUAACCAAAUGUUAUUUAAAAAUACAAUAAAUAUCAUUUCAAAAUAAAUAAAACAUGCAUGAUUAAUUAAGUCAGCACACCAAUGUGUUUUUUUUAAUUUAAAUUAUUUUUUAUUUAAAGACUUUAUAAAAUAAUGUAAUGGUAGUCUGAGGAAAACAUUUAAAAAAUAAUAUGUGAAAUUCAC